UGCUGCCGAGGAAAUUCAGUCAUUACAGACGCGCGCGCUAAGAAGGUUCGUUACAUACGGAUAUUCACUGUUAGAGAGUAAUUCAAAUCUUUCAAAUUCAAAUAUAACCACUGUGUAAAAAACAGCUAUAAAAAAAAUUUACACGUGUAUUUGUGCGUUGUCGGGUUUGGCAUGAACCAUAGUUAAUCGCCGUUGAUUGACAGUUUGCCAAUUUGAAAUCGAAAGUGCUGUUCGCAACCAUUGCCAUAUUGCGCUUUGGCUAUAAUUAACGGUUACACUGGUUAACGGAGCCGUAUAAAUUGAAAGAAAAUAUUUUUGGAAAUACAAAAAAUAACGGUAAAACGUAAUACCUUUAAAGGGGAUUAAGUGUAUGGUUUAGCUAAAAAGAGCAAAAUUUUAAUGAGAUUCGAAACUACACAUGUAUCUACAAAUCUCCGACCCAAUUUUGGCUUCAAUUGGAAUGUUUUGAGUGCUUUGCUCACAGCAUAAACCGUUAAAGUGAAUUUUACUGCCAAAAACGGAAACAACAUAAAAGUAAACAAACGUAAACAAGCAUUGUCGUUUGUCCUUUUCAAUUUAAAAUCAACAGUACAUGUGUGCAUUUUAGUAGUGUUAAUAACAGUUAAUUGAGAGGAGCACAAAGAGCAAAAGUGAUCGUUUCUUGAUUUUCCAGUGUCACGACACCAACGAAUUUAUUGUCGUCUUGGAAUGCUAUCAAAUUACAACAAAAUUGUCUGAGUUCAUAAUUGUGGCGAUUUCAGCACUUCACUGAAUAUUUUCGUAAGUUCUACAAAAAAGCACUCACAAUGUGGCACUGGCUGGAAAUUGCAUUGAUAUUCCUCAUCUUACAAGAUUACACACAAAGUUUGCGGCUGGUCGAAGUGCGAAUACCAAAUUACGUGGUUAAGGGUUCAUCAGCACAACUGGAAUGCCUCUAUGAUUUGGACGGCGAGUCGCUGUACUCGGUGAAGUGGUACAAGGACGGCAACGAAUUCUAUCGAUACGUGCCACGAGACAUGCCACCAGCACAAACGUUUUUGCUGCCGGGUGUAGCAGUUGAGCUUCACAACUCCAGCGAUGCCAUAGUUACGCUGCACAAUGUCAACCUACAGUCGGCGGGUCGCUUCCGCUGCGAGGUUUCCGGUGAAGCGCCUUCUUUUCAGACAGUCACUGAACAUGGCGAUAUGGUUGUGGUUUCUUUACCUGAUCAGGGUCCACCGAAAAUUACUGGUGGCCGUCCACGCUACCAAGUCGGCGACUGGGUGCGCGUAAACUGUACAGUUGGCCGCUCAAAGCCAGCCGUUGAUCUAUCAUGGUUCGUUAAUGGUGAACCAGUUGAACCGCGUACUUUGAGAAAAUAUCCUUCAGUUAUAUCUGGACGUGAAGGCUUGGAAACUUCCAUCUUAGGCUUGCAGUUUCGGGUUGAACAGCAUCAUUUUCGAAACAGCGAUAUGAAACUAAAGUGCGUUGCAUCGCUGUCCACCUUGUAUUGGCGCAGCAACGAAGAAUCCGUCGAGGGCGAUCGCCCGCAAAAAGCGCCCGUCUUAGAGUCGCGCGAAACCGUUUACGCCAGCAAUUCGCGCGCCGAUCCAGUGCAAGGUAUGUCACUCCGGGAAAUAUUUGUUACCAAAAUCUUAUCGUUUUUCAUUCAACCAAAUGCAGCCAGCAAAACGGACUCACAUCUAGUGGCGCAUGCGCCCAGUUUGUUGCUGUUGCUGCUGGUGGCGACGGCCGUUUCCAGCGGCUGCCUCGAACAGUUGCACAUGUGGCAGCAGUUGUUCACCAAACAGCCAACACUGCGCCCGCACGACAAUUGUAUGCAACAGCAGCAGCAACAACAACAACAAAAACGAAACGACAUCGAGCACUGCGCGCAACAGCAAAAUGAACAAGUAACAACGCAGCAAGAGCGACAUGAACAACAACAACGAAAGACGGAGAAGCAAUUAAUGCAAUGGCAACUGCAGCAGCAACAGCUUGUAAACCGAAUUGUUGCCGGCGAAAUCAAUCAGUUGAUGAGCACAGAAUACCAAGCUAUAAUACCACUGUUCCAAUGCCAGCGGCAGCAGCAGCAACAACAACACAGCCAACACUGGCAACAACAACCAGCGGAGAAUCAAGUGUGCCGACAGCAUUGGCAUGUUAAUGAGAACAAUGAAGGCGUGGUACGGAAAUGCAAAAGCGCGCACGAAUUGAAAUUUGUUAAUUUAUGUGCGGAAAUGCUGCCGGCAUUGACAGCAAUGACAACAACAUCCGCCGCGGCGGCAUAUGCCACUUUCGCCGCUGCUCAUUGCGACGCGGAUGCAGUGGAUGCCGCCGAUGUUGUCACAGCUGUCGCCGCGGCAUUGCCAAUUAAACGAUUGCUGGCUGUGAGGUAACUGCGCUGCGCAGCGGUGAAAGAAAUGUAAGCGAAAAGAAAGGCUACUCUACCAUAACUGGACUGUCGCGUCGCAAUGCUGCAGGGUAACGAGCCAUGCAACUGAGCUAUUGGCCAAAUACAAGAACAAGCGAAAGAAGGACAAAAAUGAAAAGUGUAAAUUUAAUUUCAACAAAUUCGAAGGACGGCAGUCGAAUGGAACUGCUGCCGCUGACGCUUUCGAUUUCAAAUUACAGUUACGGCGAAAAAAUUGAAAACUUCAUUUGAAACCAAUUUGCGUAAAUAAAAUGCAGUAAAUGAAAAUCCAACAGAUUAAUUAUUUAAAGCAAAUUUUUUUCAAAAAAGUGAAAUUACCAAAAUUAAAAUUAUGUACAUAUAAUAUGGAGAAUGCAAAUCAAAACUGCACGCUUGUGAGUUGAUAGUUUAGGUGUACGGGCGUGUGUGAGUGAAUGUGAUAUAAAUGUUUGUGUGUGUUUGCAAGCGUGUAAGAUCAAUUCGAGAGCAGUUAGAAACAGCGAAAAUGCUUAUAAGUAUGUAUAUGUGAAUAUAAAUGAAAAACAACUACUGAAUUUUUAUUAAAUUUAUUUAAAAUGAAUGGAAAACAUUUAAAAUAGUUGUAAUUCAAUUACCAUAAAGUUAGAAUUAGACUCAAUGUCUAGUCUAAAUGAACAAUGAACAUUUACAUACAUAACAUACAAAUUACUGUUAAAUGUAAUUAGCUAGCAAAAAAUAAAAAUUGAACAAAAAUAUAAUUGUUAUAUUUGUUAAGAGGUGGUGAAGUGCAACGAGAUGUGGACGGAGCCAUUUAAGGGAAUAUGUAAGUGCUCCUUCGAAAAUUAAAAAUUUAUUUGAGGUCUUCUGAAUUAAAUACAUAAAAAAUGCAUUACGUAUUCCAUAUAUGUAUAUAUAUAUAACUGUCACGUUGAUUUAACGGGUAGCGAAACGUACUUACAAAGUUACACAAGGAAAGUAUCUGCGACCCUUGAGAGUAGUGUUGACUUUGAAUUUGCUUUUGACUAUGAUAUUAUUGACUUAUUUAGAGUAAACGUGAAAAUUAGCGAGCAGCACAGUAAUACGAGAUGUGUUCAAAAAGUAUCGCGAAUUUGUGGUUUUUCAAAAAUUAUUUAUUUAUUCAUGAAUAUCUAUUUUGUCCCCUUCAAAGUAAUCCCCAUGAGAUAUUAUGCACUUGUGCCGACGGUUCGGCACGAUGUCGUCUUUAUCUCGUGAAGAGAAGCGUAACGUCGUCCUUUCAUGGGCCUCUUCAGUUUAGGGAAAAAGAAAAAUUCACAGGGGGCCAGAUCUGGGGAAUACGGUGGCUGCGGCAUCAUUAGUGUGUUGUUUUUGGCCAAAAAGUCGCGCACAAGCAACGAUGUGUGAGCAAAAAUCGAUCCAAAACACGUGCAAGCAAAGCAGCUGUCAACAAUUAAAUGAACAUUCACAAUGGCCGAGCUUGUCGGUAUAAGUGACGCCACAAAAAAUUCGAAAUUCGAAUAUACGUAACCCGCGAAAAUUCAAAAUUCGCAAUACUUUUUGAACACACCUCGUACAUCGUAAUAACCAUCUGAAAACAUAUUUUAUUUGUGUGUUUCCUAGUACCAGCCAGUCCAAAAACUGAUUCUGAUUUUAUUACACAACAUACCAUAGUAGUUAUCGACGAGUGUUUAUUGAAGAUUAUAGUAUUCAAAUUUUCGAAAUUUGCUUGAAAUUCAUUGUCGCUUUAUUGCCGUAUGUUGUUGUAUUUCCUUCCAAUCACCAAUAACGUACGGCCUGAAGAUAUCAAAAACUAUUCGAGAAAAAUUUGGUAUUACUGUUUAAAUCAUUUAGAGCCUCGGAGAAGGUAGUUUUUGGCAACAAAUAGUUCCUAUACUUUCUGAGAUACUCUGUUUUUAUUCGGACGAACUUUUUCUUCUUCACUAAACUGUCUUGAAAUAUUUAUGCUGAGCUUUGAGUUUUAAAUUUUCUAAGUUACCUUAAUAGAUAUCUGUAACUUUUGCUAUUAAUUGUGAACUAUGACAUGGAAGAAAAACACUAAAAACACAGCAGCUUUAAUUUCCUUCCAUAAAUUUUUCUCCAUACAUAACUCUAACAUUUUUGAUCAAUUCUGUUUGUAAUUGCGGAAAAAUUUCGUUUGUUAUUCGUUAAGAACCAACAGAAUACUAUCUUAUGUGUAGUUGUGUCAAUUAUCUCAAAUAUUUAAAGCCAGCUCUCAGCUGUCUUUCAAGGGCCGUACAUAUAGAAGUGAAUAAUAGCAAAUAAAAGAAGAAAAUAUCAAAUUAAUUGUCUUUUAGUUACCUCUUAAUUCAAAAUAAUUUUAUCUACAAUAUCUGCUUUGAAUUAUAUAUAUUUGUAUAUUUUUCUACCAAACUUAGCAGGAUAGUACGGAAACUUCGAAAACUCUGUAUGGCACUCAGUAAAUUUACUACUCAAGAACGAAGACAUUUCAGUUGCACUUCGCCAAAUUCUUGGAAAUUUAAAAAACGACAUUUUUGUAAAUAUAUACACAUCUAUAACUACAUAUAUAUUAUAUUAUAUAUGACAGUAUAUAAUUUUACAUAAAAAAGCAUAUACUUAGUAUAUGUGUACCAUAUAUGUAUGUAUAGCUAAUAAGAAAAAAUUGAUUACAUUUUAGUACUAGUGUUAAAAAUCAAAAUCAAACUCCAUUACUGUUGACUAAUGAAAGAAAGUCUUAAACUUCAACACAAACAUAUCGAACAUUUUAUGAAUUGCCAAAGUUUUUACUAAUAUAAAUAUGCUGAUAGUGAGUAUAAUUACGAUAAUGAUGUUGAGUAGUGUAACAAACAUUUUUUGCCACGUAACAAUGUAGUGAAUAAUAUAAAUAUUUUUGGAUAAAGAGUUUGUUUUUCACAUUUUCUUAUGUAUUUGUGAAGUAAUGAUUAAAGAUUGAACUUCGUAGGUGCGAUGUGUAUUCUAUGCAAUUAUUUGAGUCGAGUGAGAAACUACUUUCAUAAUUUAAUAAGGAAGAUUUCUUUACAACAAUAAAACAUUCCAGGACAUUUGCCAAAUCAACAGUGAUAAGUAAUAUUACACACAAGCCAACACACACAUACAUGCACAUGUAUACGCAGCAUUUAAGAAAUACACUAGUAUAUAACAGGCAGAAAAUAUAAAAAUUAUAUCAACAAACGGUAAUAAUUUGUAACUUCUUCAUGCAGUCAAUCAAAUCAGCUGUGGUGCUCACUUAUGCCAGGCGCCUAAGACACUUCAGUUUGUAAAUUUAUUGCAAGAACAACAACAACAGUAAUAAUGUGUGGUCUUUUGGUUAAAGCAAAAAUAAAAUGUUGUAACUAACGCAUUUUAACUGUAAAUAUAUGUUUUGUAACUUAACUUAAAUUUAAUACUUAACAAAUUUUAAAUCACAUACAGACUAAUAUACAUACAAACAUGAUAUAUAUGUACAUGUACUUAUGUCAUACAUAAACAUUUAGUUAGUAAAAGGUUGACUGUUGUAAAUACAUACGUAGUUGAGGCGUGGCAACAUAAAGAUGUGUAACCAACUCCGCAGGGGAGUUUUAAUUAAGAAAACAAAAAAAAAAGUAAUCAAAAUGAAAUCAAAAUCCAAAUGUGCGCCAAUCUAACCAAAAAUUACUUCUAAGUACUCGUACAGUCCAAAUUUUCUAUUUAUAAGCCAAUACAUGUCAGAUGAAUAAGGAAAAAAUCAAAAUUUCAGAUAUCUUUGAAAAGUUUAACUAAUAUGUCCGAGCUCAAUUAAGCGCUAAACUAAAUAUUAAAAACAAACAAAAACAACAACAACAAGCAUAUACAUGAAAUGUGUUUUGAAUAUAACUAAGUCCCUAAGUAUUCGUAACUGUAAAAUAAAUAAUGUGUAUUUACUUGCAAACUUAACAAAUUGAAUUAAAAAUGCCAUAACUA